UGAUCACAAUUUAUAUUAGGCCGAGGGCUAGCAGAAUCGUAUAAGACAUCAGGUGAAGUGGCCGCCGGAGGCGGAGGUUGAAUCUCGACGACGGCGACCGCCUGCUUCUCCCUCCCCUGCGCCAUGCCGGCUGCGCUAGAUAGGGCCCUAGUUUCUCCUAUGCGAUUAUUUUUGCAGGGUAUCUCCGCUGCCGCCCCUUCUGGAGGUUCCCGAAAGGUGUCGAUUCUUCAAGCGAGGGCGUCCGUGGUCGAUUCCUCCGAGAGCUCCUCCGGAUUCUCCAAGAGAAUGGAGCGUGCCUGGAUCAUCUCCAAGCAACCAAGACCAAUAGCAUGCUCUACUUGUGAAUCGGACGGGUAUGUCGAAUGCAAGUGGUGUGCUGGCACCGGCUUCUUCAUCCUCGGCAAUCAAAUGCUUUGUGAAGUGCCAUCAAGAAAUACAACCUGCAUUAUAUGCGCGGGAAAGGGUUCUACUGCUUGUCCCGAUUGCAAAGGCACAGGCUUCCGUGCAAAGUGGCUGGAAGAUCCUCAACCUCCCAAAUAAAUCCCCAUGGUUUCUGUUGUGCAGUGUGCUGAAAACACCAAGAUUCAGAUUAUUUUACAGGAACUAACUGCAUUUUAAAAUCUUUACUGCAAUUGUAAGUCUUCAAUCUGUAAAUUAUUCCUCCCUACAUUGGUUGAAUGUUGAACAUUGAUGUUAAAUAAUGAGAAAUUCCCUUUUCAGUUUC